AUGUGUUUAGCCUCACUAAAGCAAUUCCAAGUAUUUUUAUGAUUUUUACAAGAAACCUAGAAUAACCACUUUUAAUAUGCUCGACGGAUGGUACUGUCGAUCAUUGGCAAAUCAAAAGACCACAUCUGCUAAGACAGAUCAAGAGCAUCUUGAAAGUGAUGAAGAAGCACAUACAAAACAAUCAACAAUGCCUCGGACAUCUACAUCAACAGCUGCAGGAGCAGCAACUGCAGCAUCUAGUUCAACAUCGACUGGCACUGCAAAUGAAAAUAUAGACUAUAAAGAGCGCUAUAAAAACUUAAAGCGAAAGCUGAAAUUUCUCAUCUACGAAAACGAAUAUUUUCAAGACUUGCUUCACACUAAUCAAAGACGUUUAUUAAAAGUGUCGCGCGACCGAUCGUUUCUGAUCGAUCGCCUCUUGAUAUAUGAGAAGCCUGCCAAAGAUUCUAGUGACAGUGAUGUCACUGAUAGCUCCAAUUCAGAUACGGAGCAAACGACUUCAACGGUUGCCCAGACUCAACCGAACUCUGACCAAUCGAAGGAGACUGCAGCUAUGCGUCGCAAGCACAAGGAAAAGCCAGCUGUGAAUGCGCUUGUUCCCACAGGUCAUCCACCGACCGUUGGUGGGGCAACUCGAGGACGUAGACGUAAAAUUAUGACCGGCGGGCACGCUCAACAGCCACCAGCAAAGAAACUGCUGACCGCCACGGCAACUGUUUCGCCGUCAGUGCAACAGCAUCAGCAGAUAGCGACAAAGGACACCUCUGGCAAUCUGAGUACAGCCGAAAUAGCGCGACAGCUGCAAGAACGUCGACCGACUCCCAUUGAAUUUAUGAGUCCCGAAUGCGCCUCCGCCACUGUGCCGGUUACGAUGCUCAGCGAUGAAAGUCCAUCAAAAAUCUAUCCUAACGAAAGCUUGCAGCAUCUCAUGGAGGACGACUCGCCGUCUCACGUCGCUGCCGAGGAAUGUGUGCCCAUGGUAUACACAAAUUAAUGUAUUAUUAUUAAA